CGGCGGCGGCGGCGGCGGCGGCGGCGGAGGCAGCGGUGGCGGCUGCUCGUCCUAGCCAGGCGGGGGCGGGGGUCUGGAGGAUGGAGGCGGGUGGAACAACGGGACGGUGAGGAGCAGCCGCCGCCGUCUCCGCCGUCGCUUCGGCAGCCGCCGUGGUAGUAGCCUGGGACAGCGCCGCUUGCUCUCAGGUCAUCCCCUCCUAUCCCGAUAUCCCGCCAGAGGAGGCUGAGUCUGAAGCGCGACCGGUGGCGCGGAGACGGUCCGGCUCCUCAGCGGCGCGGGCGGCCGCAGUGACAGCCCGGUCCCGGCCCGCCGUCCGCCCUCGGUGCCCGCAGCCACGAUGAACCGGGGCGGCAGCAGCCCGUCGGCCGCCGCCAACUACCUGCUCUGUACCAACUGCCGGAAAGUGUUGCGGAAGGAUAAAAAAAUCAGAGUGUCUCAACCCUUGACAAGAGGACCAAGUGCCUUUAUUCCAGAGAAGGAAGUUUUCCAAGCAAACACAGUGGAUGAACGUACUAACUUUCUUGUGGAAGAAUACUCUACAUCUGGUCGUCUGGAUAACAUCACCCAGGUCAUGAGUCUGCACACUCAGUACCUAGAAUCUUUCCUGCGGAGCCAGUUCUACAUGCUGCGCAUGGAUGGCCCCCUUCCUCUGUCACAUAGGCACUACAUCGCAAUAAUGGCUGCAGCUAGACAUCAGUGUUCUUACUUAAUAAACAUGCAUGUGGAUGAAUUCCUGAAGACAGGAGGUAUUGCUGAGUGGUUGAAUGGUUUGGAAUAUGUACCACAAAGACUGAAAAAUCUUAAUGAAAUAAAUAAGCUGCUAGCACACCGACCCUGGCUGAUCACGAAAGAGCACAUUCAGAAACUUGUCAAAACUGGAGAAAAUAAUUGGUCUUUGCCUGAACUGGUACAUGCUGUGGUCCUACUGGCACAUUUUCAUGCUUUGGCAAGCUUUGUUUUUGGUAGUGGCAUCAAUCCAGAAAGAGAUCCAGAGAUCUCCAAUGGAUUCAGGCUAAUAUCAGUCAACAAUUUCUGCGUUUGUGACCUCGCUAAUGACAACAACAUAGAGAAUGCAUCUCUUACAGGCAAUAACUUUGGGAUUGUAGAUUCUCUAAGUGAGCUGGAGGCCUUAAUGGAAAGAAUGAAAAGGCUUCAAGAAGAAAGGGAAGAUGAAGACACAUCUCAGGAAGAAAUGACCACUCGUUUUGAGAAGGAGAAGAAAGAAAGUCUUUUUGUUGUCUCUGGAGAUACUUUUCAUUCAUUUCCUCAUUCAGAUUUCGAAGAUGACAUGAUUAUAACAUCUGAUGUCUCCCGAUAUAUUGAAGACCCUAGUUUUGGAUAUGAAGACUUUGCCAGACGAGGAGAAGAACAUUUGCCAACAUUCCGAGCUCAGGACUAUACCUGGGAAAAUCAUGGGUUCUCCCUGGUGAACAGACUUUAUUCUGACAUUGGACAUCUUCUUGAUGAAAAGUUUCGCAUGGUCUACAGUCUCACCUAUAACACUAUGGCCACCCAUGAGGACGUUGACACAACCAUGCUGCACAGAGCUUUAUUUAACUAUGUUCACUGUAUGUUUGGAAUCAGGUAUGAUGACUAUGAUUAUGGAGAAGUUAAUCAAUUACUUGAACGAAGCCUGAAGGUUUACAUUAAGACAGUGGCCUGCUAUCCUGAGAGAACUACCAAGCGCAUGUAUGACAGUUACUGGCGUCAGUUCAAACACUCAGAAAAGGUUCACGUCAAUUUACUUUUAAUGGAAGCACGGAUGCAAGCUGAACUUCUGUAUGCUCUUCGUGCCAUCACUCGGCAUUUGACCUGAAGCAUCAUCAGGGAAAAUGUUAUAUAUGUGUAAAGACCUUUUCACAUACGAUAUACAUCAGAAGCUGUUUGUGAUGUAGCAUCAGAAAUUAUUCACUUCUCUGUGUCAAAGUUUAGCCGUUUUUUUGGGGGCGGCUGUAAUGUGCAAUGAUGUGUUUUCUUUUUCUUGAUGCUUAACAUUACUAACAAUUGCAAAAAUAAUACUGAGGAGCACUACUUUGCAUUGUUUUAGUUGGAUUUUUGGAAGCUGAUCAAAAUCAUGAACCUGGUAUGUUAAUGCUUAACUUCAGCGCUUUGGGGUUUGUGUGUAUGUAUAUUUCCCUCCCCCCUUUUUUUGGUUUAACAAGGAAAAGCGCUUACAAUCUGCUCAAGUGAUUAUUGAUUCAGAUAUUGGAAUUCAGCAAAGAAUAACCUCCUCUGGUCAUUCUCAACUCUUCAUGUUGUGUCCUAAAUCUGGUAGAGGAAAAGCAUGUGCUGUUGAACUAAGCUGCUCACAGGACACAUACCUGUGUCCCCAGGAGAUUAUUUGUCAGGCACUGUUUGGUUUUUUUUUUUUUGUUGUUGUUCGUUUGUUUUUGGUUUUUUACUGCUAUUGGCGAUAACGUGAAAUGUGAUACAGCCAUUGUCCAUUAUUUAAUGUGAAAUUAAUCAUGAUGAAUUCUAUAGCAUGCUACUGAAAUGCCAAAUUCAGCUAUUUUCUUUCUCUUCUGAAACAGAAGUUUCAGUUUUCCGUAUCAGAUGUAUAUAUUAAAAGUGGAAUUAUGCACAAUCCUUUCUAUCACUGACAGCAAUCCUCAGUCAUCUUAAAUAAUCAGUGCUUACAGUGCUGCUUACAGUUCGUUUAGUUGACACAUACAAAGUUGUACCCACCCACACAAGGCUGACCAAAAAUUUUCUUUGCACAUUUUUCUUUUCUCAUAGUGUUUUCUGUAUUGCAGUAAGCAGAAGGUUAAUACACCUAUAUAUUUUUUCCUAUUAGGCUUUUAGAACUUAUUUUCCAUGAUUUUUCUUAUAAUAGGUUAAAACAGUUUAUUAUUCAAAGGUAAAAAUUGUGUUUCUAUGCAUUAAUGUGAAUGAACAACAACAACAAAAAGAGUGCAAUAUGUUAAAAAAUAUAUAUACUCAACUAAACUUUCCCCCUAUUAGUCACUGCAGAAGUGUCCUUUCAAACAGAGCCAUAAAGAAAUUUGAUUCAGAUUUCUUUAUUGCAUAAGGCUUUUGUCUUACUGGGGUUGAACAAUGUUCCUUUCAUAAUGCCAAAGCAUCCCCUGCCCCAGAAAAAUCUCUUUGGAUGACUGGUUAAAAAAGAUUUAUCAAGUCUUAGGGGGAAGAAUAUAAGCAUCCAAAAAGUCACAUUUUUGCAUUGGUUUAUGUUGCUUGGUUAGAGUAUCUUCACAGAGCACAACAUUAUGUGUUUAUAGCUUUAAUUUGUCUUAUGUUAACAAACCAGUGAAGUGCCUAAAGAGAUGCUGACAACUAAUCCAGUAGGACACGACUGCACAGCUUAAACGCUUUUUGGUUAAUUGAAGGUGACUUAAAUUGUACACCAACAUACUAAUUUUUUAAAACAUCCAUUUUUUUCAUAGUAAAUAAUAUAGUUAAAAAUUUUCCCCC